AUGGAAGAUCUUCCUACAUACUCUCCCACCAAUGUUAUCCCGAACUGCUUUAUCCUUGAUGAAUCUUCGACUCACGGUGGUUCAUCUUCUUCAGGUGUUAGAGAUGUAGGAGGUAAAAACAUCCGAUCAGAAGUAGCUGCACACUUUCAGAUCUAUUCACCAACUGAAGAAGAUAUGUGGAGUAGUGAUGAGUCCGGUGAGGAACCGCUGGGACCAGCAUGCCCUAAUGACAGAGGAAAAUCACCGCUAAUCAUUCCUGACGCCCACAAGGUAACAGUUGGCGUUUUAAUUCUGUCUGAUGAUCAACAGGGAACACCCCGUUACUACGUAACUCAAACCCCAGAAGGAACCAAAUUCUGGACUCCUUUUGUGGACAAGGAGUUCCUUCCUGUUCUUGGAAAAUCAUAUGAGACUUUCGAAGAAGUAGUUGCAAUGUAUAAGGUGUACGGAUAUGAAGCUGGGUUUAACGUUAAAAAGGCUCAAACAAAGGUUCGUAACGGAUGCCCCACGCACAAAUACCUCAGGUGCUCGAAGGCUGCUAAACCGCAAAAGAAAAGGACGUUUGACACUCUCUUUGAGUCUUUGGCCAUGUGCAGCAGGAACAGUACAUUUACACUCACUGAUUGUAAGGCCCGACUUCUUAUUGUAGCAACUCAAGACCCUAUACGGUUUGUUGUGCAUAGCUGGAGUGAUGUGCAUAAUCAUCCGCUUAUUGACACCUUCAACCGCGACUUAUCAAAAUUUUCAAGGAAACUCCCGUUUGCAGCCCAACAGUUUAUUCACCAAAUGAGCCUUAAUCGCAUUGGUCCGGUGAAGACCCACCGUUUCCUGGUUAGCAUCAAAGGCGGCAAUCACAACGUGCGUGGCACCACCGAUGACUUUAAAAACUACAGCCAACAAUUGAGGAUUUUCAUAGGCGACCGAGAUGCUCAACUGCUUCUGGAACGUCUACGCGAUCGAAGCGAGAAUCUAGCAAACUUCUAUUACGACUUUGUUGUAUCCGAAGGGAAAUUGAAAGCUGUGUUUUGGGCUGACGAGAUUUCCAACCUAAACUAUAAAGCGUUCGGCGAUGUUCUAGCAUUCGAUGCCACCUAUCAGACAAACAAGUACAACAUGAUUUUUGUACCUUUCACUGGUGUCGACAACCACAUGCAUUGUGUCACCUUUGGCGCAAGGUUGCUUUUAAAUGAAACAGUUGAAUCUUACAAAUGGUUACUCCAAGCAUUCAUGAAGGCAUAUCAUACCGAACCCCGGUUGAUCUUAAGCGAUCAGGACCCGUCGAUGAAACAAGUUAUCCAACAAGUUUUCACCACUGCCCGCCACAGACUUUGUAUGUGGCAUAUCAUGAAAAAACUGCCAACCAAGGACCACCAAUGGCUCAAUGAAAUGUACGAAAUCAGGGAACGUUGGGUUCUGGCAUUCUUUAGGGACAUCCCCAUGUGCUGCUUGAUGAAGACAACUUCACGAUCUGAAAGCUCAAAUGCAUCUUUUAAAGUUAACUCCACCAGCGCAAAUACCCUUGUUCAAUUUAUGCUAUGUUAUGAGGCACGGAUUGACAGCCAACGUUAUCGCCAAAGAGUUUCUGAAUUCAAAUCUUCGUCAAUCGUGUACCAGGGGAAAAGUAAUCUGCCCAUUGAACAACACGCUUUCAGUGUUUACUCUCAUUCCGUUUUCCAUGUGGUUCGGAAGGAAAUCCUCAAGGGAAAGUUUUGUUGCUUCAUUACAAACCAAACGUUAGAAGCUGGCAUGACUGUUUUCUCUGUCCAGCACGAAGACAAUCUGUUCACGGUAAAGUUUAACAGCAUGGAUAACACAGCUGAAUGCUCAUGUCGUGGCUUUACCCGAAUAGGCUACCUGUGUCGCCAUGUCUUCUGCGUUUAUCGCCUACAACAUGUGGACGCCAUCCCAUCCAAAUACAUUGCCAACAGAUGGAGGCGUGAUGUUUCGCCUAAGAGGGUGUUUUCAAUUGAUAGUCGCUACGGUGUGGACACACAACCGCAGGCUGUUAUGCACAAUGAGAUUAUCGAUGUGAUCACCGACUGUGUGGACGUUGUUAGAAAUAAUACUGAAUCGCUUUCAACUUUACUUGAAACAGCUAAAAGUGAUCAAACUGAAUAUGUUAACCAGGGGAUCUAUUUUGAUGCCAGACCAAGUGUCAACAAAGGAUGUCUUUGA